AUGUUACUCGUUGCAGCACUCUAUGUUAAUGAUCUUUUAAUUACCGGACCUGAAGGGCAAUAUUUAACUGAGUUUAAAACUCAGAUGAAGAAGGUGUUCGAAAUGACAGACUUGGGUGAAAUGACUUAUUUUCUUGGGAUGGAGGUUAUACAAUCUACUGGUAAGAUUGUUUUGCAUCAAGUGAAAUAUGCAAAAGACCUACUUAACAGGUUCAAAAUGAGUAUGUGCAAGGCUGUAAGUACACCUUUGAGUACUGGUUCAAAAUUUUGCAGAGAUGAUGGUACUGCUAAGGCAAAUGGGCAGUUCAUGCAAGAUCCUACAGAGACUCAUUUUACAGUAGAUAAGAGGAUCUUGAGAUAUGUGAAGGGAACUAUGGAUUAUGGAUUAGUUGCAGUGUUUGCUUGGAAUUCAAAGCAACAAGUGGUUGCUCAGUCAACAGCUGAGGCUGAGUACAUUGCUUGUGCAGCUACUGCUAACCAUGCUCUAUGGUUAAGGAAGUUACUUGUUGAGCUGGGAUUCAAGCAAGUCAAAGGAACUCUGCUCAAUGUUGACAACAUGUCAACAAUUGCUAUUGCAAAAAACCCUGUUCAACAAGGCACAUCAGAGUCAAGUACCAUGCUCUGA